ACAGCUGGAGAGAUGAUCAAGUUUCACAGGUGAGUACCGGAAAAAAUAAUCCUGCCUUCACAAUAAAACAUGUAGAUAAUCACGGAUGCAUUAAACCGGGUUAUUUAAUGUCUCAGUUGUGUGUAAACGAGUUAAAUCUUGCGAUGACUCAAUUUACCUUUAAAGAUAUUUAAUUUCGUGGUGAAAUACUGUGCUUUUGACACAGAUAUGGGUUUUAUUUUGGAAUCUUCGACCGGAAACGUGAGUUGUGUCGGUUCCAUUGACCGUGUGUGUACCGGAGGUCCUCCUCGGUGUGUAACGGUCACCGUCUCCUUAACGUUUUAACCGUUUUCAUCUGAAAUCAUUCAUCGGUUCUGUCCAUCAUGGCGUCCGCUGCCCGCCUCCUUCCCGCCGUCACCCUCGCGCUGCUGGCUUGUUUUCCCGACGCGGUGUUCUCGCGCAGAGACGUGCUCGAGCUCAGCGACGCAGACUUCGACUACCUGGCAACGGGGCACGAGACCAUGCUGGUGAAAUUCUACGCUCCAUGGUGUGCCCACUGUAAGAAGUUGUCUCCAGAGUUUGAGAAAGCAGCGACCAGACUGAAGGGAACCGUCCAGCUGGCUAAGGUGGACUGUACAGCUCACUCAGAGACCUGUGGGCGUUUCGGGGUGUCAGGUUACCCCACCCUGAAGAUCUUCAGGAAUGGUAAAGACUCCGCCCCCUACGACGGACCUCGCACCGCAGAUGGGAUCUUUCAGCACAUGAAGAAGCAAACCGGUCCAGACUCAGUUCACCUGAAGACUGAAGAAGACCUCCAGAUCUUCAUCAACCACUAUGAUGCCAGCGUUGUAGGUGUGUUUUCAGGUGCAGACAGCUCUCACCUGACAGAGUUUCUGAGAGCUGCAGGUCUGCUGAGAGAACAGUUCAGAUUCGCUCACACGACUGAUCUGAAGCUGGGGGACAAGUACGGAGUCAUCUCUGAGAGCGUGCUGCUGUUCAGACCUCCCAGACUGUCCAGUAAGUUUGAGGACAGCGUUGUCGUCUUCAGAGAUCACCUGACCAUCAACUCACUGAGACGCUUCAUCAGGGACAACAUUCACGGUCUAUGUCCUCACAUGACGAUGGAGACCAGAGACCGUCUGAGAGUCCGUGACCUGCUGACGGCGUACUACGACCUGGACUACCAUCACAACCCCCGAGGGUCCAACUACUGGAGGAACAGGGUGAUGAAGAUGGCGUCUAAAUAUUCUGGGCGAGGCCUGACAUUCUCAGUAGCCAAUAAGAAGGACUUCCUGUCUGAGCUGGAGGACGAAUUCGGCCUGGGGACCUCAGACGGAGGAGAACUACCAUUCAUCACGAUCCGGACCAAACUGGGCCACAAGUACACCAUGAGAGAGGAGUUCACGAGAGAUGGUCAGUCCUUGGAGAGGUUUCUAGACGAUUACUUCGCAGGUCGACUCAAACGUUACAUCAUGUCUGAACCUGUACCUGAGAAAAAUACCGCUGCUGUCAAGGUGGUUGUUGCCGAGUCUUUCGAUGACGUCGUCAAUGAUCCAGAUAAAGACGUUCUGAUCCAGUUUUACUCUCGGUCCUGUCCACACUGCAAGAAACUGGAGCCGGUCUACAAAGAGCUUGCUGAGACGCUGUCCUCUGAUCCAAACAUGGUCAUCGCCAAGAUGAACGCUGCUGAUAACGACGUCCCGCAAGGAUAUGACGUCCAGGGGUAUCCCACCAUUUACUUCGCUCCGGUUGGUAAAAAGGAUGAGCCCAUCAGAUAUGAGGGGGGACGGGAGCUCAGAGACUUCCUGAAGUUCCUGAAGAACGAGGCGAGUCCCCGUCUGGUCGGCAGCGGUCUGAAGUCUGAACUCUGACAGAUCUUCGUCCAACCAGCUGGUCUCCGUGAGGAGGGGACAGAGUCCUGAUCCUGCUGUCAGACCUGGACCUGGACCUGGACCUGGACCUAGACCUAGAUCUGGACCCGAGAACGUCCAAUCAGACUCCCCCGUUACCAUGACGUAAUAGGUGACAUCACCAGUCUGCCUGUUUUAUUUAUUUUUGGAGGUGUGUGGGUGUUGGACUGAGGGAGCGUGGUCACUGCUGAAAGGCUUUCUGGGUAACGCAGCGCCGCCAAAGUGUCGGCAGGUUAAACCAACAUGGUCAGUUUUUACUAUCAGACGUUUUUCUUCUUUAAACAUUUGUUGAUUUAUUGAUUUAUUAGAUGAACUCACAUGGCGUCAAAUAAUUCCCUAAUAUUACCACUAAAAUAUAGCAUAAAAGUUAUAUAAAAAUGAAUACACAUUAAAUUAUACCAUAACAGUUAUAUAAUAAUUAGUACACAUUAGAAAGAAUCCAUUCAAAUAUAAAUAACAUAUUCAAAAGUCUAUUUUAAUACAAUAUUCACAUAUUUACAUUCAGAGAGUUAUUGGUCGCUGUAAUUCUUCUUAUUCCCAGAUUAAAGUGGUAAAUUUACAAUAAAAUAACUCAAAUAUUCUGAGAUUUUAAUGUCAAAAAUAUGCAAGAAAAAACGUGUAAAUUCUUUGAGGUUAAAGUGACCGUCUGGGUGGUGUUCUUAUGCUGGACGGCUAGAUACACGUCUCCUUUCAGGUUCCUUCUGUGUUCAUUUAUGAACAUAAAUAAAUAGUAAUAUAAUUCAUAUAUCUGGUGACCUCAGUGUUUACCGAUGCCGUUCCAAUUCUUGUAAAUCAGUGACUUAAAUCUCCGAGAUUAUCUGAGUGUUUUCUCUGAAUAUUACCCCGUCCCCCGGCUCUGUUGUUGUUAUAAUAAUAUAAUAAUAAUGAUAAUAUAAUAAUAAUUCCUCCUGUUGGCCAACAACAAUCAUUAACGCAGCAAAAAGCUGUUUCAGUACAAAUAAAUAUGAGUUUUGUUUGAAGAUGGACGGUGGACUUUAAGGUCAGCUUCAUGGAUCAGAGGUACGGUGCCAAUAAUCUGUUUUUAGUCAAUUAUGUUUGUUAUUGAUUAUUAAUCUCACCAUUGUUGUUUUUAGACUUUAUGAUGACAGAAAAUUGUCAAAUUCUCAGACUGACGUCUUCUUCAGACGUCUGGUUUUGUCGAUCAUUCAUUAAUGAUUCCAUCAGUUGAUUCAUUGACUGAUUUUAUAAACUGACUCAAAUCAUCACACAAAAACAUUUUAUUUUAUUGUCUCAUGUCUUUUCAAACUUACUGUCAUUACAUGCAACUGUGAAUUUCAUGCACUGUUUUUUAUUCAUAUUUAUUUGAUGCAAAGUAAUUUAUUUAUUGAUUUCAUCAUCUGUGGAAACUGUUUUUUAUUGAUUUGAACGUUAGCGGAGCCUCUUUGUACAUUUAGUGACAAACUGAUGCAAAAAUCUAUUCUGAGCCUUAUUUUACAGUCUGAAGAGGAAUAUUUAAUAAAACUCUGACUGAUACGAGAA